UUUUAGGGCUUCUUUUCUUAUUGCGUACGGUGAAGCUGAGCCAUCUGUAGCUGCCGCCUUCUCGCCGAAGAUCUCGCAUCGUCCGACGACAAUGGUUGCCUCCAAGAAGACCAAGAAGACCCAUGAGAGCAUUAACAACAGAUUGGCUCUCGUUAUGAAGAGUGGGAAAUACACUUUGGGUUACAAAACUGUCCUCAAAUCCCUCAGAAGCUCCAAAGGUAAGUUGAUUAUCAUUGCCAACAACUGCCCUCCUCUUCGGAAGUCGGAGAUAGAGUAUUAUGCUAUGUUGUGCAAGGUUGGAGUUCACCAUUACAAUGGAAACAAUGUAGAUUUGGGCACUGCAUGCGGCAAAUAUUUCAGGGUGUGCUGCCUCAGCAUUGUUGAUCCUGGUGAUUCCGAUAUCAUUAAGAGCAUGCCUGGUGAUCACUAAGUUACUGGGGAUAGCCAUUAUCCAUAUCUUCAUAGAUUUUG